CCUCGCGUUCAUGCUAUGGGCUCAGGUCUGAGGACGCUGCUUGCAGCAGACUUGAUCGGAGUUACUAUUUCAUUGAGCAUGUACGGUCCGGCUUUGGCGCAAGCCAUAUAUUACUGGCGCACUUUUCCUCAAGACAGGCUGGACCAGAGGUUGUUUGUUCUCACUCUUUUAACCCUCGACACCUUCCAUGCCUACACAAUUGCGGAUCUAACAGGGAAAAGCUUGAUCAGGUGUCAUAGGAUGAGCGAGGAGGAUUGGGAGCGGUGCUACACAUUGAUCACGCUUCAGUGGACGUCGAAGGCUUCCUUGGUAGCUUUGAUCUUGAUCCCGACUGUAGUCCAACUCUUCUAUGCCAGGCGGAUCUACGCGAUGAGCGGACGCAACAAGUGGCUCACGGGAAUCAUCGUUCUAUUGACGGCUGCUGGAUUUGCCGCUGCGACAACCGGCGUGGUGACCCACGUACACGAAUUCCGCAUUUGCUCUAUUGAAUGCUCGACGAGGCCCACUUUACGGCGGCGUGUCCCGGCCCUCGAGGACUUUGGAGAUGAGUGAUCUAUAUCUGUCGCUGGACCUUAAUAGUAGAUGAUUCCGUCUCCACGUUCAUGGUAUGCUCUCAUUGAAGGGCAUUAUCGCCAUUAGGCACGAAGGGUAGGACAUUAGGUCUUAAAAUAAGCUCUUUGGCUUCACCGUAGUUAUACCUUAUAAUUACAUUAGUAAUUGUAUUUGUGCCCGCAUAUAUGUCAGCUAG